AUGGCUAAGUUAGAAAAAGUGAGAAGUAAAGAUAGAAGGAAAGUGAUACGAAUAAAUAAAAAGUCCAAUAAAAAACAUUUCAAGUGUAAAAUUUGCCAGAACAAUGAACAUCGAACUAAAAACUGUCCCAGGACUUUGUGCGAACACUGUGGACAAAUGAAAGCUCAUCACUCUAAUAUCGGAAGUAACUCUUUGUGUUCUAACCUUACAGUAUCGACGAAAAGACAAGAAAUAGAUAUAGAUGAAAGUGAAUUUUGCACUACUUGCCAAAGUUAUGGACAUGUCAUUGACAGAUGCCCGUCUAUAUGGAGAGCAUAUGUGACAAGACCGGUACCAUCAGAAAACCCUUCCAUAUCAACGAUACCAAUGCAUACGUUAUUUUGUUAUAAUUGUGGUGAAAAAGGACAUUAUGGUGAUGAUUGUCAUAUAGAUAAGCAUACAGAGAAAAUGAAAUAUCAAAAAAGUGCAUUUUCAGGUAAGAAUCUGCCUAGUGUGUUGGAACCCAUAUAUUACAAUAAUCUAAAUUCCAUAGAUAAUAAUGUACAAUCAAGUCUAAUUUCAAAACAAACACAUAAAAAGGUUGGUCAUUUCUUCCCACCGCCCUAUAAAAAUUUACGUGAGCCAGAGUUUAGUGAAGAAUUUCAAUUACUUGGUUAA